AUGGCAGAACCUCCUAUGUACAAGAACUGUAGAUGGCAGCUCCUGGGCAGCUCUGCCAAAGCCAAAGAUAUACAAAAAGAAUCCAAUGAAGAAGAUAAUAGAUUUGAGCGUGAAGAACUAUUCAAACAUAACGCUUUGCGUAAUUGUGACAAGAAAUUGGCGCUUACUAUCAAGCUUACCACGAAAUCCGCUAAUUCAGCAGAUGAGUAUGUGCCUAUUGAUCACGUGGUGGACGGGCGCAACAAGAGGCGCGUGCGGCUGCUGAACCCCUACGUACUGCGCCUGCGUCGCGACGCGCCGCUCGAAGCCUACAGGUUGACGUUUAUUGAAACUCGUCGCGACACUAAUGGAGGUCUAAAUAUAAUGGAUGACUGGGAUUCAAAGUCGGUUAUGCCUGAGCUUAGGCACGUGUUCCCGGCCAAGGUGAGCUACGCGGUUCGGCUUGCGGGAGCAGCGGCGGCGUUCUCCGCCGGAUCCAUCCUUGCGUCUUCUCAGGCCCGUGGGAGUAAUGAACAAAGGCAGGGCAAUAAGAUGGCUGAAGAUUUAGUGUCCGCGUCGCUUUUAUCAACGAGCCCACGAUUCACGCUGAAUAUGGCGCGACGCCCCUCGCACGUCACAAUCCGCCCUCGGGUGCAGUGGGUUCCAAAGACAGGGUUGAGCGCGGACGCUUUCUAUGAAGGCUUCCAUGUCUGUUUAUUGUCUGAAACGUGUAAGUACGUCGUCAACGAGACGCUAGCGGGCCCAGACUGGCUCGGCCGGACGCGCGCCGCCGGCGCGGCCUCGCGCCGCCUCGCGCGGGACCGUUCCCCGCCCCGCCGACCAGUUCUCACCACCCAGGCAACCGAUGGUAUUGGAAAAUGUGCUAAAAAUGAAAUCAUUAACAUAAGAAAGGAAACGGACAGUGCUGAUUUGAAUGACAUUAAAACGAACUGGGACUGUAAACCUCAACCACAAUGCAGAUAUAAAGAUAAUGAUUAUGUUGGUAAUUCGGAGAGAGAAUACGCUUUAUAUAAACUAGAAAACCCUGCUUUAUGGUUUUACGUUCAUGUUCAUCUGUUUGAGAAAUUAAGUACCCUUAACGGAAAAACUCUUUGGAACGACAUAACAAAAGGCGUGCCAGUCAGUGUUAGUUCGAUGUCACCGGAGUGGAGCAACUCAAACAUGAACGUGCGGUACAAGCUAGUCAAUCAUGUAGCGAGAGAAGAUUUUUUUCUACCUAAGAGUAGUUUAAGUUUAUUAGUGCCUCUAUUAGAAGAUAAUGUGAACGCUAUAUCAAACAACAUGGAUUCACUUGACGACGCCAAUUAUUUACUGGUACCAACGGAAGAUGUUUUAGAUGUGGAUAAGACUGACGAAUCAUCAAUGACUCUCGCAAAUGUUUCUUUUAAUAGUAAAAAACAGUUUCGACGAAAAGUAGUUGUGCGUGUUUCAAGAGCAUUAAACAAUGACAUGACAGACAAAUUAAGUCUCGUAAAUCAAGCAUCGGUCAAGUUCCUAACAACACGGCACCGGGGCAUACGCCAUGCUCAAGUUGAUUUGGAAGCACGAGCAGAUAACAAUCAGCUAGUUCACGAAAGUGCACCCGGCCGAAUAGCAAUUAUUGUUGCUGAUAAUACUAGAGGCAGUCGACCAACGUUGACGGUGCAAGUAACAAACACAGGUCUCUUCGUGGCGAGAUUUAGAGUACAAAUACGAGAUUGUGAUUCGGAUCUGAUGAAGCUCUCAGAAAAGCAAGAAGAGGGCAUUACCUCCGAGGCAGAGUGUUUGCCACCGCGGCACACGCGGCGCCUGCAGCUGCGUCUGCCAGAGGUCUCUCCCGGCGAGAAUCCCGAACUUCAGCACUGCACUGUUUACCUCUUAAAUGAGGACGGCGAGUCGGUCGCAGUUCGGGAUGCGCUUAUAAAGAAAGGCGAUCACUGCUACUGCGUGUGGCAUUGCGACUGCAUCUGUUACGGGGACAACCCCCGGCUGCCGUGCCGGGAGAUGUCUGCGGCGAGGCAAGACGCCGCGGGCUUGCCGGCGCGGCGCGGCGCCCGCUUCACGCGCGCUUGCCACUAUGUUGAUGUGGAAUCGAUCAACGUUGCGGUCGUUAUUAUUGGUGUUAUUGGGAUGUUACUCUUUCUCGGCCUGUUGAAAGCUCUGUUGGGGUUGGUAUGGCCGCGAGCCGGCCUGUGGGGCCUGGACUGGAUCCUCGACGACCCGAGACCUAUCGACCACUAUCGCGAGUGCUGCCUGCGCGCUCGCCAGGUGGUGUACGACGUCAAGGGCUGGCCGGUGCAUCCGGACACUCGCAAGAGGACGGUCAGAGUGGUCAGCUUACCGGUGGAGUUUAUAUUGAAUGUUGUAUUUUUUAUGGUGAUCCCUGGGUUGGUAGCAGUAGACACAUUAAAGCAUCUAGCGAAAGGCAAGUCAUGCCACGCUUCUGUAGCCGUUGACAAAAACAAUGCAAAUCUGCCCAAACGUUCGAACGAAACAAGCCGUCGUCACCAAUCGCAGGGCCACAAGCUGUUCACGCGCCGCCAGCGGCUGCCGCGACGCAAUUGGAUGACGCCCGAGGCCGAGGACCUCGCGACGACGCUGUGGAAAAAUAAUUCUAUUACACGGAAUAACGUCAAAAGUGUAUUUACUUUGGUGCAACACGGUCACCAGCGGCCUGAGUUAGGCCCUGGCCCUGGCCUUGCUUCGGAGAGCAAUUCUGAUCAAGAAGACACAGCCUUUGUUCUCAUGCGCAUGAAAGAGAGUUCAGAGUCACUUGCUAGAAACCAAGUCAAAUUCGACACUACUUCUUACUCACCAAUGGACGCUACAGACCACGAGACAGCCACGCAGCCAGCUCCAGCUGCCAAGGAAAAUUUAAAUCAGCCUUAG